UUGUCACCUCUUGCCGCUCAUAACUGCGACUAGAGAUCAGUAUCUUGAACUCGACAGCUAGGGCACAAUGGUCAGCAGGCAAAUUUGCUUGGUUUUAACCGUUUUGCUCUCGAGUCUGGCUAUUCACGCAAACGAUAGCUCUCCUUUAAAUCAGGAAUUGAGACUAUGCAAGAGAGACAAGAGGGAGCUGCAAAACAAACUCAAUGAAGCUCGCAGGGAGGCAGAGGAUGAAAAAAGCUACAUCAUCAAUAAAACGGCUAAAUUCUGUGAUUGCAAGAAGAGAAAUUUGAACUGCAUAUUUGCUGGAACGAAACUGAACAUGAUGAGGCUCAACACUGGACUGUAUUACGCAAAUCACAGCAAGGUUGCGUGGAAAGCGGCUGACAAUUUCUGCAAGUCACAUGGACUGCACUUGGUUGAAAUCGAGACCAGGUCUGAGCUUGCAGAGGUUGAGAAAAUUCAAACCGAGUCAAGUUACUGGACGUCCGGAACCGACAAGGACGAGUCAGGGAAAUAUAUCUGGACAACCAGCAAACGAGAGGUGAAUCCAAUGCUGUGGUACUUGAGCCAGCCAGACAGUUUCGGCCCAGGCAGGGUCACCUGCGUCAACUUGCAGCACGAGAGACUCUUCGAUGACCCGUGCGAUCAUGAAUACGGGUUCAUUUGUGAAAUGCCCCGGGAAUGUCAAUGAAGUUUUCCGUCACUUCUCGUUAAAUUAAUAUGCAAUUUCUUAUAAUUUUAUCAUUACUGCUUGUAAAAUAUUAGUAGCUGAUGAUUGCAGUUCGAUAUUUAAUUUACAUAAAUUUCAAGGAAUUUACAAGGGGGCCCUGGUUUCAUUCCAUUUUAACGUGCAUUUUUUUGCCUCAAACAUAAAGACUUUCCAGAUAUUAGACGAAAAUUACUGAUAAA